GGGUUAUCGAUGCUGACUGCAUGGUGUAACAGACGGAGGCAGCUCCUCGUGUGCCGCCAGCCACUUGUGUCACCCCACGCCGCUCCACUACAACAUGGCAGGACCAGUCCCGUAUCGGACCAACGAAAAUAAGUACACUCCUUCUUUCCCACCCAUUGUUUAUUAUCGCGACACAUUUGGUCUGGAACCUAUAAAUGAUCGGGAUCGAAAAGCGACAGAAUCAGGAGCUGAGGGAUCUGAUAAUGAUAGCAUAGUCACAAAAUCUACAGUUCGAACAACGAUGAACGUCCAACCGUUUGCAAUGGCUGAUAGUAUGGGUUCAAAAUUUACAAAUAUGACGCCAUCAUACCAUGUAGAGCAGCUUCUUACGAAUCAUGUGCUCACUGCUGAUCCUCGAACACUCCUGACUUUGAGUCUUAUAGCUUUUGCUAGUGCAAUUCAAGUGAUCAUAUUUGCUAUCAUUUGCGUGUUUUAUGACGGGUGCCCUUACUAUAUUGCUCUAGUUGUUGGUUGUUUGAUGUUAUGUAAUGCUAUAGUGGUAACUGUAUUCUGCAAAUGCCGACCCACACGAGGAUGGCUGAUAGCUAGCUGCAUAGCCGCAUCGUUAUCGUUUGUACAAAGCGUCUCAUUAUUCUUUUGGACGGCAUAUCUGGUGAAUAACGAGGACAAGUACCUCGAGCGUAUAGGCGCUAAGGAAAAUCGUGUUGUGACGAGCACUCGGAUAGCGAUGUACUCUCUGCAAAUGAUAUUCGCUCCAAUCCAUGCUAUAGCAGCGGCUAUUAUCGUUUUCUUACUGUAUGGGAAUUUGCAAUCCCUAAGUGAAGAGAAAGUAACUCACGGCUACUUCCUGAGCGAACCACAACUCGGACAUCAGAGAAUUCUGGUGCCAAUCGAGCUGCGACAAGUACGUGAUGUUAGCGACGACGAAACGGAGAACGCUUCCGUCGGCGUACAAACAAGCGGUACUCGGACGCAGCAAGUAUGAGAGAGAGAUAGGUAUAGCUGAGGCCGCUGCUGACGUCAGGACCUCAGAAGCCUCUAAACUACACACACAUUCCACAGAUGUAGAUGGUCAGAUUGCGAAAAAAUCAAUCAAUGACCGAUACUUUAUGAAGAUGAUAUGGGAG